GCGGCACUCAGGGGAGCCUCACGCUCCGCGUACAGUGCGGCCAAUCCUACGGCCGAAGAUGGGCGGAGAGGAGGGACUCAUGGUGACGGAGAGAAAUAAUAACCAAUAGGAGAUCAGCACUGAGUGGCGUCAGCCCCGCAAUGGGCGCUAAGUGAGCCGCUCUGGGCUUCGGGGGGAUGCCGGGUUCGGAGUGUCAGGGGCGGGCGCCUCCUCCUGAUGAUGCUGUGCCUCAGGGAGCCCGGGACACCGGCAGUGUCUGCUGCUCCGUGUCACCUCCUGCUCCGUGUCACCAAUACCGGGGCUUCUGACGCUGGCUUGUCCGUGCACAGCUCCGUGAGGGCUCAGGGGCCUCAGGUCAAUGUGCACUCGGGCCCCGUCAGCCCCACAGUGCUGUCAGGUUCGGGCCGAGGACAGGAUCGCUUUUGACGACCUUGCAAGGGCAGAGCACCACGCUACCCAAGGAACAGCCACCAUGAACCGGCAGAGGACAGCACUUCUCACAUCUCUCCUCAUCCUUCCCAGCAUCGGUCAAGGUCACGGAACACCUUGGUGGCACGUUCUGUUUCCCUCGUUUCACUUCAAGGGAGUGGGGAGCUCCUGAGGAACCCUGUAACCUCCCUAUUGAGAGCACCAUGGAAUGUGGCUGUGGAGCUGGAAGGGGCUGUGGUAGGAGAGCAGCUCUGUAGAGUCAGCAGAAGGCAAGACAUUAACCUUUAGUUCCACCAGGACCACAGCUGGGAACAUGGAGAAGGCACUUCCUGCUGGAGAAGGUCUUGGGUUCAUCAGUGCCAGGAAACGUGGGAACCAGAAUAGAAAUGAAAAGGAAGGAAGCAAACAAGUACACAUCAUUGUGCAAUAGUGAAAUGAGAGAAGACAAAUAUUCGAAUGCAGAGAGUAACUGAACAGAAAGAGCAUGGGAAGAGAUGAAGAGGUCCAGAGGGGAGAGCAAGAGGGAUACAGAACCUCUCACUUGUUAUUCUUGUGGAUCUCGUACCCUCUUAUCUGUAAAUACCAUGCUGGUGUUGCUGUUUUCUCGUGUGGGUUGGUUUGCAGUUGAGACCUCAGCUUCAACCAGGAAGCUGAACCACUGGCUGGUGGAGCAGAGCUCCAGUGAACACCCUUUCUUCUGGAGACAUGUGUGGCUGGACUCGUGUGCCCAGCAUGGUGUGGAGGGUGGUUACUAUGGGUGCUGAUAGAAACCAAAGGAGAGGAAAUGGCAGAUGGGAGGAGGUUUUGCUCUAAGCCUGAAGAGGAAAAGCGGUGGCAGGCAGUGAGGAGCAGCAGAGAUUCCACCCACAGAGGCUGGGGAGAGAGAGGGGCCUGCACCUGCUGACUGCUCCCCUUGGUGGCAGGGGUGACACAAGCUGUGUCUGGCCUGGGAGAGACAGAGGCUCCUGGCUGAUCUCACCAGGCACCCAGCAUGGUCACCAUGAGGCUGUUGAGAAGCAUGGAGCUCUGGCAGGCCAACACCUUUCUGCCCCUGCUGCUCCUCACCUGGCUGCCAAUUGGAGCAGUCAGUCUGGAGGUACAGCCAUGCACCACUGUGCAGUUCGAGAUUUGUUUGGAAAAUCUCACGGUGCAGGUGAAGUGGUGCAAACCUGAAUGUCUGGAGGGGGAGAAUCAAACCAUCCCUGUGACUCCAGGAGAAAACUGUAUGAAUUUCACCAGCUCAAGCCCGUGUGCAGCCCACACAGGAAUCUGUGCAUGUAGGGUCUUCAUCACAAGACCAAAUUUGACAGACACUGGAAACUGCACACAAGCAGCAGUUCACUGCUGUGGCUGUGCAGAACCUCUGACUGAUGUCACAGGGAAGAUCUGGACAGGACUCAACCUCCUCCUGUGCAUCUUCCUUGGCUUAGCGGUUGGGACCCUCCUUUACAUGCCGGUAAUUGGCUUCCUGCUGUGGCAGUGCACAAGGAACAAAACAGGAGAGCUCAUGAGCAGGGAAGUGGCAGAGAGGAAUCAGGUCAAUAUGGCAGCCCCAGUGACAGGGACUGAGGACCUGACCUAUGCCAACCUGAAUUUUGGAAAGAAGGAGAGAGGACCUGCCUCCUCCAAUGUCAUUUACACUGAGAUCAAGCCAUCACAACAGAAGCAGAGUGCUGGGGAGGGCAGUGCUGCCAGCACAGAUAUGUAUGUCUCCUCCAAGGAAGAGGGCAAGUGAGGGAGGUGAGCAGCUUGUUGUCCACCUGUUGGGGUUGUCCUCCUCAAAAACAAGGUGUUUGUUCAUACAGCAGUGCAGUCUUGGUGACCAAAGACACAUUUUACCCCCGAGUGGCUGCAGAACCUUGCUUUAUGUUCCUGUGGAAGAAGCCAUGGCUAAUGGUGAGGACAUUGAGCCUGUUUUCCCCUUGCCUUCUGCGGCUCCAAACAGUGCCAAGCCUCAGCAACUCUUUCAGUCUGCACUCACUGACAGGCUCCUCUAGCUACUUGCUCCAUGUUCAGGAAUGACACUGUAUACUGUGUGGCCAGCAUGGUGUUCAGGAAGAGCUUGGUCCUGGAUGUGCUGGGUGGCAUGGCCAUGAGAAGUUCUGAAGCAAUCUUCUGGAUUUUCUCUGAAGCAGGCACCUGCUGUGAUGUGGGUUGACCUUGCUCUCAUUCACUCACUUGAAACGCAAGUGGCAAGGAUGGAAAAGCAUUGCUUGCUUCACAGAGGUGCUGCUGCAGUGAUGCACAUGGAUCUGCUUUGUACUGGGAGUGGCUCGGUGUUUUUGCUGGUGAAUACCCUUCUCAUGGAUAGAGCACUCUCUUUUGUGCCCUCUUUUUUGAUAAUGUUUAUUGUGAGUUUUUCAGUAAAACUGUGAUUCCCA